AUUUAGGGCACGAAAUCGUGCCCUUCCCGCGGCUCUCUCUGUGUGCUCUCUCCGACGUCUCCGUCUCGCUGCUCUCCCCGACGUCUCCGUCCGCUGCUUUCUUCCUCCACCGGCGUCCGCUACUCUCUCUCCGUCCGCUGCUUUCUCUCCACCAACUGUUUUAGGGAAGGAAGCUCGGUUCAGAAAUACGUAAAGAAACAUGUUAACUGGAGGACAAAAUUUAGUAUUUCGGUGUCCUGCUUUUUCUGGUGAUGGAAAGAAAUUGCUUCUUUGUACGGGCAAUAUCGUUUCAAUCUACAGCACAACUACAAGUUUGUUGAUAUCAGAAUUGGAAGGUCAUACAGCACCUGUCACUUCUGUUGUUGUUGUACCUGCAGCCGGUGCUGCAGGUAAGCUUCUAUACAACUGCUGGACGUCGUCAUUGGAUGGUACCCUGAGAUAUUGGAACUUUGCUUCAGGAGAGUUGAUUAAGACGGUGGAUGUUAACAUUCCUAUCUAUUUCAUGGUGGUUCCUAUGAUAUCAAUUUUAUCUGAUAAUGGCAAUAAGUUUUCAAGUUUGUAUGCAUUUAUUUCUGUUGAACAUGCUGCUCCCAUUAGUAAUGGCAGUGGGCAGCAGAAAGCAAGGAAGGGUCAAGUUCGUGUGGUUAACUUGACAAAAUCCCGUGUGAUUGAAGGGAUCUUAACAGAGUCAUCAGAAGUUGAACCUCUGGUAGGUAGCAGCUCUGGAGAUUUCUUUGGUACAUGCAGUGUGAACAAACUCCUCAUAUGGAAGUUCCCGACCAAAGACUUCAGUCCAUGUGAGGUCAGGAAGAUAAAGCUACACCAUACCAAACAAUUGACAGUUCUAGCAUUUCAUCCAAAUGAAAGGAUUGUUGCUGGUGGUGAUAUCACAGGAAGAAUUUUGAUAUGGAGAGGGUUUGGAAAGAGAACCUUUUCUCAGAAUGGAAGUUAUCGUAAUAAAAGGGUGGCUAAUGUUGAGGAAGAGGAGCCUGGUGUGAGAGACAAUGAUGAUGCUGAUUCUUGUUCUACAUGGCAUUGGCAUCCAACUGAAGUGAAAAUUCUUUCAUUUUCCUCUGAUGGAGCAUAUCUGUUUUCAGGUGGAAAGGAAGGAGUUCUUGUUUGUUGGCAAUUAGAUACAGAGAAGAAGAAUUUUCUCCCACGUAUAGGAUCCCAACUUCUAUAUUUUGUUGAAUCCCCUGUUGCUGGGCUUUCAUCUGUCUCAUGUGCAGAUAAUCAAAUCCACCUUCUCAAAAUGCCUUCAAUGGAAUCCUUAAAGCCCAUCACUGGUAUUAAGCCUUCUUAUCCGAUUCCGGAGGUCUACAAGGGCCCGUGGGGGAACAAGUUUGUUGUGAGUUCUGCUGCUGGCAUUCUCGCUCUGCUAACUGAAAGCUAUCAUGUACAAUUCUAUCACCUCUUCCACAAUCGUGAGCUUUCAGAGGUUCAGGUUUGCGAAAGGAAUUAUCAACCUGGCGAUGAUGUCAUGGUAGUUCUUCCUCUACUUUCUGUCUCAUCAGAUGCCUCGAUAAUGGGCACAGUGGAGGUUAGGCUUCCAGAAGAGAAAAUUGGUGGCCUUGUCUGCCUCAAAUUUUGGGAGCACAGACCACAAAAAGAAGAAUAUGCUUUAUCAACUGUCAUUUAUGAACCUCAUGGUGAUGCUGGAAUUUCUGCCCUUGCAUUUCAUCCUUCUUGUUCAAUGGCAGUAAGCACUUCUUAUGGUGGUAACUUCAAGGUUUGGAUCAGAAGCAGCCAGGUUGAUAGUGACAAAACCUCUCAGAAAUAUGGGUGGAAAUGCCAGUCCAUUGGUUCGUAUAAAAAGAAACCUAUGACUGCUGCUGGAUUUUCUGAGGAUGGGUCUGUCUUAGCAGUUGCUGCAGAAACUAGCAUUACAUUGUGGGAUGCAGGCACAAAUACCCUCAUCGCUGUAGUUGGUGAGACUCUUAAGCCAGCUGUGGCACUUCAUUUUGUACCAAAGACACAUAAUCUUGUGGCAAUAUGCCAUGGUUCAAAGCCCCAACUGUCGGUGUGGAACCUGGAAAAACUUUCAUUGGCCUGGUCAUAUCAGUUGGUGAUAGAAGCUGUAGCAUGUAAUGCAGACAAUUCACAAUUUGCAGCUUUGGUCCUUGUUCCUAGUGUUUCUCAAAAUACAGCAACUGUUGAAACUUCAAGUGGCUGGGAUGGACUGAUUUUGCUGUUCAACACAGAAGAUCCAAUUCCUAUUUCUAUGUGGUCUGUCAGGAAGGCAAGAGGAGGUGGACUUUCAUUUGUCGUGUCACGUACAUUUGCUGGGGAGAGUUCCAAAACUAAUUGUGCAUCACUUUUAACAUAUAUAAAUGGUGACCAUGAGUACCUAGUUUUCAACCCCUACAGCAAGGAAGAUCAGAUCACAGCUAAACAUGCACAACAGUUUGCUGUCCAAGAAGAAAAAGGUGAAAAUGGUUACGAGUCUAUCUAUGGAAAGCUUCCACCUGUUGACAGUGAAAAGCCGAGGUUGGACAGUGUCCCAUUUAUGCCUUCUGAUAAACCUUGGGAGAGACUGUUUGAUGGACCUUCUCAUAUUCUACCACCUCUUCCCAAAUUGUGCCCAAAAUUUUUAGCGUCGCUAUUGCAGAGGCGGACAGACCUGCAAUGUCGAUAGUCCCUCUUGGCAAAUGAGGAUAAACUUCUGGAUUAUGGCAGAGGAGGACACACCUGCAAUGUCGAUAGUCCCUCUUGGCAAAUGAGGAUAACCUUCUGGAUUAUGGCUUUCGUAAUAGCAUUGGCAGAUUAGAAAAAACGAAUGUGGUGAAGGCAUGCAUCAGUUCUGCAAUUUGGAGAAAUCCAUGAGAUGUUAUGGAUGGUGCGUUAGGUGGCAGUACCUCUGGGCUCUUUCCUGCUCGGAUUGAAAUUACUGAUGGCCCUGACUCCAUCUGUGAAAAGCAGUACGGCUUUAACUGAGGCUGUGGACUAAAGUGAAUGGCCCAGUGGAUAUCACGUAUAAUGGUAUGUGUUUGCACUUUUUACCCUAAAUGUACUAAUUAAGAUUUUGCAAUGAAGAGAAUUAUUCGAGAAUACUAAUUAUUGUCUAAUAUAGUAUCUGCAUUUGAACUUGACACUUGAA